CUCGACCUCCAUUCCCUCGAUCGAAAUCGGAAAGCUGUCGUCUCUUUCAUUUGCCUAGGGUUUCGAUGCGGGGAUCGCCAUGACUGGAAGCGAUCGGAUCGGUCGGGGCUAGUGCAAGGACAAGGUUUUCGCCUCUUGGAUAUCGGGAAUGGCGACGACGAGGCCUCCGGGUCCCGGCGGGGACGCCAGCGUUGACCCUGCGCCACUCCUCGUUGCCCCCAACGGCGGCCGCCGGACCGGGAGGGGCCCUGGUUUCUUACGUGCAGCCCGAUUCCUCCACGGGGCGAGCAGCCGGCACGUGAUGAGGGAGCCGUCGAUGAUGGUGCGAGAGACGGCGGCGGAGCAUCUGGAGGAGCGGCAGAGCGACUGGGCCUACUCCAAGCCCGUGGUGUUUCUUGAUAUCCUGUGGAACCUGGCGUUCGUGGGCGUGGCUUUCGGGGUGCUGAUUUUGAGUCGGGAUGAGAUGCCCUCGAUGCCUCUUCGGCUCUGGAUCGUGGGGUAUGCGCUGCAGUGCGUGCUGCAUAUGGUCUGUGUUUGCAUAGAGUACCGACGAAGGCACCCACUCGCGGGGCCUCUUCUGGAUGAGGAAGAGGGUGGGAGUGGAAGGAGCUCCGCCUCAAAUUCACCGAGGGAGGCGGGAGAAGCUAUGGACGAUGAGCAGGGUCAGGACGAAGAUGGUACUAGUUUUGUAAAGAAUUUGGAAUCUGCAAACACUAUGUUCUCAUUCAUAUGGUGGAUUAUUGGAUUCUACUGGGUAUCUGCUGGAGGCCAAGCACUGACCCAUGAUGCACCUCAACUUUACUGGCUGUGUAUAAUUUUCCUAGCAUUUGAUGUGUUCUUUGUUGUUUUCUGCGUCGCUUUGGCAUGUGUGAUUGGGAUAGCUGUUUGUUGUUGUCUGCCUUGCAUCAUUGCUAUUUUGUAUGCUGUUGCUGAUCAGGAAGGAGCAUCUGAAGAAGACAUAAGCCAACUUUCAAAGUACAAAUUUUGUAAAAUUGGAGAUUCUGAAAAACUUGAUGAGUUAUCAAGCUCUUUUGGUGGAAUUAUGAGAGAGUGUGGCAGUGAUCCAGCUGUGGAGCGUGUUCUUCCUGCAGAGGAUGCUGCGUGCUGCAUUUGCCUUUCUCCCUACGACGAUGGUGUCGAGCUGCGAGAACUUCCAUGCGGUCACCAUUUCCAUUGCGGCUGCAUAGACAAAUGGCUGCGCAUAAAUGCGACUUGUCCGCUCUGCAAAUUCAAUAUCGCGAAAAGCAAUAACCACGGAAGGGAGGAGGUGUAGAUGAUGCCUGCCCACAAGAUGCUUUAGCACGUACUUGUAUCUUGCGAUUCGGAGUGGUUAGGAGUUAAACGUGUGUGAUUCAAUGGGGGAGAUGGUAGAAAACUUGUUUCAUGUAUCUUUUGCUGUGUGAUUCAGCGAUGUUUUGGCUAAUGUGUGAGCGAUCUAUAUUGUUCUGUCAAUAGUAUACUAUAAUUGAUGUGGCGCAUGCUUUAUCAUGA